AUGCAUGAGACGGAACAACAUCGUGUCGGAGAUUAAAUGUUUUGAUCAAAUGUUUCGGCUUCGACAGCUUGUUUGCGCUGUAUCGAUAACUAUUCCACUGCUGAAUCGUUUGGAGUGCCUUUUAAUAAAGUCAUAACGCGGUUUGCAAUAAGCUAAUAAAGGAAAUUUUAGAGUUUAGUGACUGUCGAAGCGCUGUGCAAGAUGGCUGCAGUGCUGUGGCCACCAAGAGGAGCUGCUGUUGGAAAGAGGCGUCUGAGGGCGCCACACCCUCCCAUUUGAGGAGAAAUAUUACACUGUACACCAGUGACUUAUGGCACUAAACUUUACAUUUAAUGGGCAUUUCAGACAUUAAAUAUCAUUUUAACUUGGGACUGUGUUUAUGUUUAGCCUAAUAUCUGCCUGUGUGUGCAAAUACUAGGCUUUUUGCCAGGUUUGCAAAAUUGAUCUGUAAUCUGUGCCAAAUGCCUAAUUAGAGUCUUGGCAGUGAUCUGAUAAGUGCUGAAAUAUGUGAAAACUUUUAAAACCAUGAAAAAUGUCAUGCAACCCUGGAACAGUAUGAACAGCUAUUAAAGAAACAUCAAAAUUAAUUUUGUAUGAGUUUGUAGGCAGUUUAUUAGGCUACUCUGAAGAUAUUUACAUAGCCUAAAACAUAUAGUUUGGUAUUACACAAGUGGGCCACUCACUAUUUUCCAUAACUGUGACUUCAUGGUUUUAUUGUGUAUAAAUAUGGGGCAAAAUCUGGCCAAAAUUCCCCCAAAAGUUUUAUUUUACAAAUUCCCCCAAGAAAUGAGGCGAGUUUGACAUUUAUGACAGCCAAAAAAAAAAAAAAAAAAUUCCUCAAUAGCAUGUAAGAAUUAAGAGCAUCUAAAAGGCAAUUUAUUAACAUGCCAAGAACAUGACAAGAAAAGGUGAUGUUUAUGAGGGGAUGUUAUGUGGGAUUUCUGCAGAAAAUUACACUGGCUUAAUCAUUUCCAAAUCUGUCUAAUCUGUUAAAGUGCGAUAUGGGAAGAGGAAGGGUGACACGUCUUGAACAGGAAUAAUAAACUUGUCUGUGAUAACCUGUGAGAGCAAAGGGAGUACUUUCCUGGGUUUUCCACUGGGGACAUCACAGCUUUUGUUUAUGGUGGUUUUCGCUGGCGCACUAAAGAAACUGACCCGGUUUUACGCACAGCAAACAUGAGUGCUGGAGGAGGAACUCCCUACAUUGGCAGCAAAAUAAGUUUGAUAUCCAAAGCGCAAAUUCGCUAUGAGGGAAUAUUGUCUUCUGUGGACACGGAAAGAUCCACGGUUGCUUUAGCCAAAGUUAAAUCGUAUGGCACAGAGGACCGUCACACAGACAGACCUGUGCCCCCCAAAGAUGAAAUUUAUGAAUACAUCAUCUUCAGAGGAAGUGACAUAAAGGAUAUCACAGUGUCUGAACCACCCAAACAGCACCAUGGGCUGCCACGUGAUCCUGCCAUUGUACAGUCAUCCAUUGGCAGCUCCUCUGCUGGGUGCCACCCACGCUGGAGUCCAUACAGGGAUGUGAUGCCCAACUACAACCAACUUGCUGCCAGUUCUCUACUGAGCCAACAGUACAACGCAGCCCUCGGCCUAGGUCUUCAUGGCAUCCCACCCAGAAGAGCUCCCCCCAUGGUCGAGCAAGCGGUUCAGACCGAAAAGAGGGGGAAGACGUCCACACAGCCACAGAGCAGACAGGCUCUUCGUUCAGUCCAGCGCCCCACCAGGGAAGGUCCCCAGGCUCAGAAGGAGAAUGUAACCAAAGGUCGGGCACCGGCUCAGCCCAGUGUUGCCAAAACUCAAGGCCAGAGCUCUGACAACCAGAAACAACGGCAGAAACAAGGCAGCCGCAGGUCCAGAAACAGAAGCAAAGGUCAGCUUCUUGUGAAGAGCUCCAAGCCCACAACCUUGAAGUUUGAGUCGGAUUUUGAUUUUGAAACUGCAAAUGCUCAGUUUAAAGAUGAUCUUACAAAGGAAGUUGUAGUUGAGAAUGUGGAUUCUGGGGAGGCCAAGACCAGCGAGACUGUGCAAGAAGAGGAAACUCUUGGUGAUAAAUACUAUGACAAAGCUAAAUGCUUCUAUGACAACAUCUCAUCAGACCUCAAGCAAAGGAGAACUUGGGAAGAGGAGAAAAAGUUGAACAUGGAAACCUUUGGAGUGACCGGCCGCUUCCUGAGAGGACGAUUUCGAGGCAGAUCACGCAGAGGACAGAGCACCACGGAGCAGCGACCACUCCCAAAAAUUGGUAGUGGGAGGGUGUGAAGAUUUUGGUUUCAUUUGUUAGUUUUUUUUUUUUUUUUUGUAAAUAAUAUAAUAGUUUUCUACUUAUUUAAAAAGUACCUCCCUAUUUUCCCAUGUAAAACAAAUAAGCUGUUUUUUUUUUUUUUUUUCUUUAUCAAUUUGCAUUUAGGGAAUCUUGUACUUCUAACCUUAAUAUGAAAUGGGAGAGAAAUUUCUUUUUAAACCAGCAACUGUCCACUAGACAAAGUUAUUGGUAGAUUGUUUAAAAGCAUGCGAUGUAGAACUUGUAUUUUAACAAGCCGUAGGCAUGCGUUUUUGUUUUUUUCCUUUUCCUGAUAUUACUGUCUAACCUUUAACUCCAAAUCACUUUUGGAGAACUUUUCCUAAUUUGCAUGGACAGAACAUCUUUUUUUUUUUUUUCUGUUUCUUCUUUAUUUGUAUAAAUGCAUAUGUGGAAUUUGUGUAACAGUUGCUAUUAAAUGACAUGACAAAC